AUGAGUCACCAGCCUUGCAUCUUUCUCCGUGGAGCUGGAAAAAUAAGACAAUCUAGAAAUCUUACCCACGAUGAGAUGGAAGAGUUACGUGAAGCUUUUGUAGAGUUUGAUAAAGACAAGGAUGGCUACAUAAGCUGUAAAGACUUGGGGAACCUGAUGAGGACCAUGGGCUACAUGCCAACUGAAAUGGAGCUAAUAGAGCUGAGCCAAAACAUCAACAUGAAUUUGGGGGGGCAGGUGGACUUUGAAGAUUUUGUGGAACUAAUGACCCCCAAGCUUCUGGAUGAAACCGCAGGGAUGAUUGGUUUGAAGGAACUCAAAGACGCUUUCAGAGAGUUUGAUAUAGAUGGCGAUGGGUCUAUCACGUCUGAAGAGCUAAAACAUGCUAUGCUAAAGUUGUUAGGCGAAAACACAAGCAAAAAUGAAAUUGAGGCAGUGGUCAGAGAAGUUGACAAUAAUGGCGACGGGAAAGUUGACUUUGAGGAGUUUGUGAACAUGAUGUCAAAGACAUGA